CCACAAUAAUAGCAAAAGCAGUGGCCAUAGAUCGAUCGGUGCACUUGGAUGCUCUUUUGAUCGUUGAUCUCGGUAGCCGAAGACACCAACGUUGUGCACACUUGGCUCUCGAGGCUUCAAAAUAAAAAUAAAAAUCAAACAUGUCUCCAGACAAAUGCAAAAUCAGUGACCACAAGCCAUAAAAACAUGCAUUUUUUGUUGUUGUUUGUUGCAAGUUAGUUAAAACUGUGUCACAUUGAUGGUUAAUGCACCACUUGCAUCGUAAUCAUCGAAGCCACACUUGUAAAAAUCUAAACUAAAAGUCUAAAACCAAACCACUGUGUUCCAAUUCUUCUUUGUAUUCUCCAUUCACCCUCAUUGCGUUUUUUUACCCUUUUUCGGUGUCUUCUCAGAUUCCUCACACGCACACUCUCUUCGAUCUCAACGCCUCUUUGGCUUAUAUUCUCACCGACCCACAUUGCCAUUCUCACCAUUCUUUGCAGAUCAAGCACCCCUUUGGGAAGAGAAGAAGGAAAGUCUAGUUUUUUUGGUUCGUGGGGUUGGUUUUGCAAAUGGCCUCCUUCUCGGUCCCAUGCCCCAAGUGUCCUACAACUUCUUCUUCGUCUUCUCUCCCUUUGGGGUUGAAUUCUCAAAAGGUCUCAUUUCAAAGUGGGUUGAUCUUGAAGCCUUCUCUUUCAUUCGGAUCUUUGUCUGCUGAAUCUGCUGCAUCAAGGAUUCAGUGCCUUAACAGGAAGCAAUUUUCUGUUCUGAAGGCUACUAAAGUUGAAAAUUCCAACUCUGCCCCUGUAACGGUCAAUGGACCUACUGUUGCUUCAUCAAAAGAAAACCAAGUGCAUAAUGGAAAACUCUCUGAUACUACUAUCCCAGAUGAAGCUUCAAUUAUUGCAUUCAUGUCUCAAGUUUCAGACCUUGUAAAACUUGUGGAUUCGAGAGAUAUUGUGGAACUUCAACUUAAGCAAUCAGACUGUGAGCUCAUGAUAAGAAAAAAAGAAGCAUUGCAGCCUCCACCAAUUAUAGCCCCAGCACCACCACCAAUGCACUAUGCCACUUUUCCUUCUCCGUCUUCGCCGCUACCAGCAGAAGCUGCUCCUGCUAGCUCUGCACCUCCAAAAGCAGCUCCUGCCUUGCCUUCCCCCGGAAAAGCAAGCACAUCUUCUCACCCACCACUGAAAUGUCCAAUGGCAGGAACCUUCUAUAGGAGUCCAGCACCUGGUGAACCUGCAUUUGUCAAGGUGGGAGAUAAAGUGAAGAAAGGCCAGGUUAUUUGCAUUAUCGAGGCUAUGAAACUGAUGAAUGAAAUUGAGGCUGAUCAGUCAGGAACAAUAGCUGAGGUAUUAGCUGAGGAUGGGAAACCAGUCAGUGUAGACAUGCCUCUUUUUGUAAUAGUUCCAUGAGUACCGGAAGGGACCUUACUUCAAAGUUGAUAUGAAAUCUCCCUAGCUUGUUGGAUAGCAGCAUGGUAUUUGAUGUCAGAUUUUCUGUUCAGAAAUUUCUUGAGUGAUAAUGUUUGUCUCAUUUUAAGAAAUCCUUGUCUUCUUUAGCCCCCACCCCUCCUCUUAAUUUAUCGAGAUAUUUUGGACAUAAAAGUCCCCAGCAUAUCAGAAUGAAUAUUGGACAUUUCAGUUCUAAGCAGAUUUGACAUUUGUAGUAGUAUUUAUGUUUUCUGUUUAUGUUUUCUGAUUGCCCCCUCUUUCUUGUAUGAACAUGCUUGCUGGAUGUUACAUUAUCACAGUAAUAUAUUAUAUACAUCUUUGUGGCCAAAAA